UGUCCCACGAGCUGUGACGUGAAGCGGUUCCAGUUAGCUCGCUCGUGCAGUAUGGUCUAGCACAUGGGGGAAAGUUGGAGAAAAAGUUUUGAAGCGAUGAGAUUUUAACACAAAACUAGUUUGUGUAGCAAGUUGGCGCAUCUGCCGGGCGUGUGUCGACAAAUUCCACAAAUCCCUCUGUGACAUAGCGUUUUUUUUUUUAAGUCAACUUUAAUUAAACAUUUAGAGAAGAAACAUUUCGCUUGGCGUCCGUUUUGCUUCCCUUGAUGUCGUUUCUUCAAGACGUCCGUGCCUCCGCGCUGCCUCUCAUUCAUCCGGCGGAGGAGAGGAGCCCGCGUCCGAGGAUACAAUGAAGCAGUGUGUCCUUGUCCGAGACAAUGCAGCAAGAUGCUACGAAGGGCUACGGCGCUGUUUCUCACGAGAUCAGGGACGUUUUUUUGUUCGAUUGCAGAGAGAGACCAGCUAAAGAAUGAAGCUUUAGCCUCUGCAUGACAAGCUAUGACCAACAUUAGACCCUAGACGUCCAAUUACAAAGCCAGGACUCGAGAAUGAAGACCAAAUAUGCAAUUGUCUUCAUCUGCAUCGUGGCCCUGGUCAUCAUCGAAAAGGAAAGCAACAUCCUGUCAAGGGUCUCCGAUAAGCUGAUCCAGAGGCAGACUCCGCAGCAGACGCCACAGACUCCACUGGAUUACAGCAACACAACACAAAAUGGCUCCCUGACGGUGCUCAAAAUGCUGCUCUCUAAACUCACUGGUACAAAAGGGAUUUACUCAAAUCUCUCUGAGGAGCAAAUGGAGGAAGAUCUAGAUGAUUUAGGCCUGUACAACUACAGCGGUGGCCGUAAGCACAUAUUACUCUUGGCCACCACACGGACAGGUUCUUCGUUUGUGGGUGAAUUUUUCAACCAGCAUGGGGAGAACAUGUUCUACCUAUUUGAACCUUUAUGGCACGUCGAGCGCAUGCUGACCAUGGCCACAGAGGCAAACAACGGGACAGUGUUGGCAGGAAUCUACCGGGAUGUACUCCAAGGGCUUUUCCUGUGUGAUUUCUCUCCUCUUGAGAAGUUCAUCUCUCCCCCACCUCAGGACCACGUAACCCCAGCUCUUUUCCGUAGAGAGUCUAGUUUAUCACUCUGUGAAGAACCUGUUUGCUCUCCUGUAAUCAAAGAUGUUUUUGAGAGAUAUCACUGUAAGACUCGUCGCUGUGGGCCACUGAACUUGACCCUCGCAUCUGAAUCCUGCCUUUCCAAGCAACACCAUGCCAUUAAAACUGUCCGUGUACGCCAGCUGGAAACAUUGCAGCCUUUGGUGGAGGAUCCUCGCUUGGAUGUGAGGGUGAUCCAGCUAGUCCGAGAUCCACGGGCCAUCUUAGCAUCCCGCAUGGUGGCUUUCUCUUCGAAGUACCAGACGUGGAAGGCCUGGGCGCAGGACGGCCAGGUGCCUGAAGAUGACGAGGAGGUGAAGAGACUCAAAGGAAACUGUGACCACAUAAGGAUGUCUGCAGAGGUGGGACUGAGCAGACCUCGCUGGCUGAGGAACCGCUACAUGUUGGUGCGUUAUGAGGAUAUUGCCCGCUACCCCAUGCAGAAGGCAGAGGAGAUGUACAGGUUCACAGGGAUACCGUUUAGUCCCCAAGCUAGGGAGUGGAUUCUGAGGAACACCCAGACCACACAGGAAGCUAGCGGGAUUUACUCCACCCAGAAGAACUCGUCAGAGCAGGCAGAGAAGUGGAGAUUUAGCAUUCCCUUUACACUGGCUCAGGUAGUGCAGAGAGUGUGUGGACCCACCAUGAAGCUGUUUGGGUACAGAUUUGUGGAUGAUGAAAAGGCACUGAUCAAUAAAUCCAUCAGUUUGCUUGAGGAGCAUCCAUUUCAUUAAUGUAGAGGUAAAAAAUAUAGCUGUGAAUCUGCAAAACCCUGCACACGGUGGAACGGAGCCAGAAGAAGCCAUUAUUGCACAGACCAAAAGUAAUACGCAAAGGUGCCAAAAGACAAAAUAUUUUACUGGUGACAGUAAGAUUUGGGCCAUAUAAUAUUAUUCAUACUCACCAACGAUGUGCCUCAUUGUAACAAUGAAGAGCCACUUGAUAAAGAGAACUAUUUAUUUGCAUACUGUGUUUACUGAGAAGCCUGGUGUCUAAGCUUUAUGUCUGUAUUUCAUUUAAAAUGAAAUAAGCAUAGAGGUCAAGCCUGACUUGUAAGAGAUUAUUAUGUAAGAUUUUAUUGAUAGUUGUUCAUGUUUAGAUUUUCAGGGAUAAACUACAGUGAAAGUGAAAGUGGUAUGUGUUUUGUUUGUGUGUGUGUCUGUCUGAAAGAGAGGAUGAUCAUAGGGUUUAUAAUGCUAGCGCUUAAUUCUGCAUAGUUCAGCUUGUAGUUUUAUACAUCUGCGCUAGACUAGACAGUUGAUAGAAUCACUUUAAAUUAGACCUGAUGUGCUUUUUUUAGGGCUUAUCAUAGCUGACCUAGGUAAAAUGAAUGUGGGAUUGCAUUUUGUGAUGUGUUGUCUUCAUGAGGAGUAUUCUUUGCAAAAGCAAUUUAAAGCCAUUCUCUUCUAAUGUAAUUCAUGAGUUUAUAAUACAAUUACAAUAUACCAUAAAAAAUGGCCAGUUAAGACAGAGAUAUUGAGAUUUUAUAUAUAUAUACACGCACACACAUAUAAAUAUAUCUUACUUCAACACAUAACAUUUUCCCAGUACUACAUACCUGUAGUAAUGUAUUUCCCCGUAGUGCCUCCUCACCUCAUAGUAAACAGGCAGCCUGGGUGUCAUUUUACAAAUUCUUCUCUCUGUUAAUAACUCGCUGCUCCUGUCGGCGGGCUCCUCUAAAUCUCACAAUGUUAAAUCAGAGCCGAUUCACUAAUUUCAGUGUUCAUGGACGCAUUAACAAAACUCUUGUACAAGGAGGCAUUUUAAUCACUUCCCAACUCAAAGAAAUAAAAUCCCCAGAAAUAUUCUGACCAUCAAAAUUCAAGAUAGAAACCCUUUAAAAUUAUUAGUUGUGAGAUUUGUGUAUGUUGAUGGGUUUUGGUGAGAACUAAUGUAUGAGAUGUAAACAUGUAACUGUAUUAAUGUGGCCUAUCACUUUAAAUGAAACCCAGGUGCUGUUGCGUUAACUGUCACUCUUGGUGGUAUAUAAAGGUAUCCACUGUGACUCUAGUUCAAUGGCAGCAUUGUGUUCAGUUUGGCCGAGGCUCUGCUGAAACUGCCACGCUGCUCAUGGAAAGGGAUAUGCAUUAGAGGAACAUAUAGUAGUGGGCUUAUACUAACGUAGUGUUUAAAACAUAAAUAUGAAUUAAUUAUACCUGGCAGGCCUUGAGCUGCCUAGACUCAGUACUGAAAUAUUUAAGCAGGAAUACUUUGAAAUACCUAGUACAGUUGAAAAAAUGGGUGUAGUCAAUUUGUGCAAAAAACGUGGCAAUAAUCAUAUGAAAGCAAUACAUUUUUGCUUCUGCCAUAAAGGUAUAUGUUUGACUGUAAAAUGUUGGGGGUUCAACCUUCAUAGAAAACUGAUGCUAUUGCCAACUUGAAUUAAAUGUUUUCGUGGUGGAAAAAAGUAUCAAAACAUCAGUAACAGCUGUUUUUUGAGUCUUUUGGAAGCGAGUCCAAGUCAAGUCUCAAUUCAAGUCUCAGUUCCUUGAGGAAAGGUUUAGUCACAACUCGUCAUCAGCUAAUUACUUGCAAGUCUUUCAGGUCUCUAAAUGCUAAACUAAUAAAAUUCCAUAGUAUUUGAAUUAAAAAAAUAUAUAUAUAUAUGUAUUUUUUGAUUUUAUUUAAUUAAUUUUUUUGGUGCUUUUUGCUUUUAUUGGAUAGUACACCUGAAGAUAGACAGAAAAGGGGGAGGGAGAGGGGAUGACGUGCAGCUGAGGGCCACAGGUCAGAUUCAAACCAGGUGAGCUCUACCAGGUGAGCUAUCAGGGCAGCCCCCUUAGUGAGUUAUGUGAGUUCUUUCAACACAUAAUGAUUAAACAUUCAAGGCUUGAUUUUACUCCAGAAACCUAAGACAUUAAUAUUUUGCUUGCAAGUCAAUAGUCAAGUCAUCAGUGAGUCAAGUCUCAAGUCCUUCUGUUCAUUCAGCUCAAAUAAAUGAGGUGCUUCUGUGACAAGUCAUCACUCUUUUCAAACUGAGCUGAGCUGUUCAUAAUUACUCAGCAUCUCUGUGUAGGUUUUUAGUGAUUUAAUAAUUUUGCCUCAGUAGGGUUCAAGAAAUUGAGCUCUCAAAAUAAAAUGCCAUAUUCAGGUCAGAUAAUUCUGCUGAGAGUACUGUAUAUAGCCACAUUUUAGAGAAAUAAUUAGUGCUUGGAACAAAUUGAGCGUACAGAUAGACAGUGGAGAACUUCAUUAUGCUGUAGGAGUGGUUUGAGACAUUUCUUUGGAAGUUUGAUACUUUGUUGUGGUGUGAAAACUUGGCACCAUUGUAACUGAGAUGAAUUCAAGCUGACCACAGCUGCUGUUUUCUGUGAAGAAGCACACUUCAGAAUGUUUAAGACUAUAAAGUGUUUUCAGAAGAAAAUCACUUUAAAGGACUCUCAUUGAGGCAGUGGGUUAUUUUACUUUCUGUCAUCACAAAAUGAUUUUUCAGCAAUUCAAGGAUCCAAAAUAAAGAUUAAUUUCUUGCCGUCUUGAUGUAAAAUUGUGUUAGUGUGCUGAAAUACACUGGUAAUGUUAACCCAAGGUGUUCCAGUGUUUACAAAUCCCAUCAACUGUCCAGCAGAAGAACUGGAAAAGCACUGUGUUUAUGGUAUUCUCAUUAUGUUAAGACUUAUAUGAUGUUUGUGUGUUUGUAUUUUAUCUGUUGGGUAAAUAAGACUUGAAUAUUAGCGUAAAUGCUUUGUCUUUUAUAAGCGUAAAACUGACCAGUGGUGACUUUUUGUAUGUCAGUGUACAGAGCAUCUCCUUUUAAAGACUUUUUAUUUGAACAACCUGAUUACAGAUAACCCAGAUUGCACAACAAAUAUUUUUUCUUAUCAGUAUAUUUGUUAAGCAAUGGAGUGCAAAGAGCCUGGGGAUGACAUGGGUAACAUGAGGAUUAAUGUGGGAUCGUUUACUUAGGGGCAUUUUGUCUAGCACUACAUACACAUGCAUGCUGUUGCCAGGGUCCCCCCAAAAGGCCGAGUCGGAAUAACUAGAGAAAAAAGGCAGAAACAGGGAGCCCAUUCAAGUCUGCAUUCUUUCUGUCUGUUUCACGCCCCGGCUGAGAGAAAGCACUUCAGAGUUCACAGCUGUUGGUCAAGCUGCCUCUACCCUCAAUUGUUUCCCUGAUGCUGAAUAUUCCCACAGCAACAUAGCAGAUGUUAGCAUUGUGCAGAAGAGGAAAAGUCUUGGUGAUAUGCCACUGAAGAGCCAGGUCUGGCCCAGUGUCAAGUUUCCUUAAGGCAUCGUUUUGAACCACUAGCGGUGCUGUAGAGCAGUACGUUUGAUGAGUGAGCUCUUAUGUGUUUUACCAGCUCAUGCACACUAUAAACUAAGGGGUGACACUUCUGUCGAUUUCAAACGUGUAGAUCCCAAAACAGAGUACAAAAUGAGAGUGAGAGAGACACAAUAUCCCCAUUCACCCAGGGUUGGCUUUAAAAUGGUGGCAUAGGGUGACAGCCGCCACCCCAGUUUGGAGUCAAAUGCUGUCAAAUUAAAUUCAUUUAUUUAGAUUAAUGGUAAUGAUCUGUUCUGGCCACAGUUUAGACUAAGUGACAGGCUCAAGUUAUAAGAGAAGACCAGUAUUUAAGAUAAAACAAUUUAUUAAUUUCUAAUGCCUCCUUUAGAUCUUUACUAACGUGAACAAUAAUGUAAUGUUUUUGAGUACAAAUAUUUUCAUUUGGUGGCUUUUCAAAGCAAAUAUUGAUUUAUGUGAUUGUUUGCAAUUAAAUUAUAUGUUGAUAUGUAUUUCUGCCACUCCUUAAAGUCUUGAUGCCACCCCAUGAAGGUUUCUCUAGAUCUUCCCGUGUACACCUAACAGUUUCAAGUAUACCGACACAUGAUAGAAGUAUUGCGUCAUAAAGUAUGUACCGAAAUAUAAGAGCUUAUAAAAAACAGCACAGGUUUCAAAACUGUUUUAAAAGGCUUUGCAAAUGUUUUGACAUAGCAAAUGUUUGAACAGGUUUGUUUGGACCUGAGGAUACAAACAUUUUUGUGAAAAAUAUUGACUGUAAAUCAAAUUAAGUUUGUCUGCUAUAAAUGACACUUCUGUA